UUAAGUUCGCAUGUGAUACGCGUUAAGUUCGCAUUCUGCCGCCUCCUCCCGUCAAGGCAAAAAGUCUUGCACCAGAGCACGCACGAAGCCUCCGCGUUGACGUCGUUCCCCUCGCUCUCCGCCGCGAUGCUGGAAAUCCGAGAGCUGAGGCCGCUUCUGGCCAUCCUCAAUGUGCGUACCUCGCAGUCAGCAGUCUCGCUCGUUUCGUAUUGGCUUCAGGAUCCUCGUAGACAGGAGAACGACUGCACUGUUGCUGAGUUCUUUCAGUUGAUAGAAACGAGCGCUAAAAAUGAGCAAAUGCGGCCUCUAACGACGUGUAUUUGACACUCAAUCGCUCUACAGGAGGACGAUAAACCGUUGGAGCAGGUAGCCAGCAUGUUCCUGCGCACCUUCACCAAGAACGACCACUUCAAAGUGGGCUGCACUAUCUGCAUCCUGCUUCAGGACAAUCUGCUCACCAGCUCACAGCGUAUCGUGAGCUUCUCGAUCUUGAGCGAUCUGUACCGCAAUGAAGGCGCCACAACGAACCCGUUCCUGCCCGUAUUCCUGGACGCAUUGGAGAAAGGCAGCGAUCUAUGCGAGAAGAAGUUCAUCGUACACUUGCUGUCACCUCCAAGCGCUCGCGAGUCGAGCAAGAAGACAGCAAAGCAGAUGAUGGCAGAGCUCCGAGCGAACCCGUCACAACCGGUUCAAUUCGACGUGGAGGCCAUGAGGAACAGCUACCUGGAGCGCACCCCAUCCGUGCCACAAUUCCGAGCAGCAGGUAUCCGCAACGUGGUGACAGACACAGAGUUCGACCUGCAGGAACACGUGAACAAUGGCGCCAAUCUACAGGUACCUCCCAAUGAGGUCAGUUCGUUGAACUUGCCGUGUUUUGAAGCGCUGUCGCUGGAAGAGAUGAGCUUGCUGAGCGACGCGGAGACAUCGUCCGGUACCCCCGCCGCUACGUCAAGUUCUGCUGCGAGCGCGUCGUCCACAGGAUCACUGUCACUGCUGAGCUUUGAGCCGACAUUUAUGCGUCUGCCUCCGCCGAUUCUAGAGCCAGAUAUGACCGAGUUGAUUUGGUUGAACCCAGACUACUGCCCCACUGUGUUGUGGGACUCUACGAUGCUGGACUCGGCACACGGGAUCGCUCUGCGGGAGCUUAUGCUGCGUGCAUUUCAGAAACCGCUAGUGCCGUCGCUGCAGCAGAAGGUGCUGGCGGAGCUUGAAGCGGAUCCAAAGCUCGUGUAUCACUGCUCGUUGACACCUCAGCGGUUGCCGGAUCUAGUGGAGAACAACCCGAUGCUGGCCAUCGAUUGCCUGCUGAAGCUCAUGUCUUCCAACCAGAUCACAGAAUAUCUGUCAGCGCUAGUGAACAUGGAUAUGUCUCUACACUCGAUGGAGGUCGUGAAUCGCCUGACGACGGCCGUGGAUUUGCCCACCGAGUUCAUCCACCUGUACAUUUCCAACUGCAUUUCGUCGUGCGAGAACAUCAAGGACAAGUACAUGCAGAACCGUCUGGUGCGUCUGGUAUGUGUCUUCCUGCAGUCGCUGAUCCGCAACAAGAUCAUUAACGUGCAGGACUUGAUCAUUGAGGUGCAGGCUUUUUGUAUCGAGUUUAGUCGUAUCCGCGAAGCAGCUGGACUGUUCCGCUUACUGAAGACGCUGGAGUAAUAGGCUCAGGUGCCAGCGACACAGAAAGCAAGUCUCAUGCAGCUUACAACAUGAAAAAAAUGAAAAAGAAUGCGAAACAGGCUGAUGCAGCUUAUGGUGCGUGGGCCUCGUACAGUAAAAGUCUAUUCGCCCACUCAAGCUCGGUGUAGGUCUCUCGAUUGUUCUCUCCCUCGUGCCUGUUGUGGUUUAAAACAGCGGGAUCCCCGCACAGAAGCGCAUCAAGUCGCGUGUCAGGAGUCCUUCGAUGUCGUGUGAGUCAGUCUGCGUAGCAGAUUAGCGGUAAGUACAGUCAUAGCCAUCAACACUUGCAGUUUUACCUCGUCUUCCCAUCUCUUGGUCAUCAAGUUCCAUUGGUAUGUGCGGAGACCAGAAACCUACAAGGUAAAGUGGUUGUUAGCACGGAGUUAGGACCAAAACGAGCGUGAAUUCUCUUACCGGAGAUAAAAACUCGAUCUGCUGCUUGGAAGACAGCACCUUGAUCACGAACUCCUUGGAAUUGGUGCGGAUGACGAGCUCUCCAUCUAUUCCAGUGGUUAACAGCAAUAGAUAAUUCAAUACAGACCCAAGGCACGAAAAUCCCAUCAAGUCACGCACUGCCAUCACGUUGGAGCUGGAAAUCAUCAUUGAUCGGAGGGUGGAGCGGCUCCACCGCAGCUUGCACACGGUCCAGGAACUCCGUUGACAGUGUUGUAAACCUGUCCAGUAGCUUCAUAAUCAGAGAUGUUCAUUGAAAGUUGUUUCCUUGUUGCCACUCACUUGUCCUUGGGCAGUUUGGGCUUCAGACGGCGACGACGUGUACCUCCAGCGGCCG